AUGAUCUUUCCAAUUUCUAUUGUUCGUCUCCUCACACACUUCACAUUUCGCGGACACCUCUGCCUGGUGUUCGAGCUGCUCUCGCACAAUCUCUACGACCUCCUGCGGAACACCAACUUCCGCGGCGUCUCGCUCAACCUCACGCGCAAGUUUACCCAGCAGCUGUGCUCGGCGUUGGAGUUCCUCUCGCGGCCCGACCUCCAGAUCAUUCACUGCGACCUCAAGCCCGAGAACAUCCUCCUCAUCAACCCCAAACGCUCGGCCAUCAAGUUGGUGGACUUUGGGAGUUCGUGCCACGUCAACGAGAAGGUCUACCAGUACAUCCAGUCGCGGUUCUACCGGUCGCCCGACGUCCUUCUGGGUCAGGACUACACCAUGGCAAUCGACAUGUGGUCGCUGGGUUGCAUUCUCGUCGAGUUGCACACCGGUGAACCGCUCUUCGCUGGUCAGCAUGAGCUGGAUCAAAUGUUGAAGAUAAUUGAAGUCCUCGGGAUGCUGCCAAGUUACUUGAUUGAAAAGAGUCGCCGAUGGCCAAUGUUUUUUGAGCGCGAGCCUAGCGGUAACUUUGUGCCAAAUUACCAGGCCUCUAUGAAAGACAACGUCAAAGCGAUAACACUCUGCGGCAUUUUGCAGAUAAAUUACAAGGCGCCGGGAGCACGCAAGCUGAGCGACAUCUUGGGCGUGAACAGCGGUGGGCCGAUGGGUCGGCGUCUUCAAGAACCCGGUCACUCGCCGCAGGACUACGCCAUCUUCAUGGACCUCGUGCUGCAGAUGCUCAUCUACGACCCCGAGAAGCGCAUCCGUCCCACCGAGGCGCUGGCUCAUCGAUUUUUCCGUCGUCAGUCCGUCCAGCUCACCAAUGCGUCGCGCAGCCUCGCUCUGAGUGGUCAUCACGGACGUCAGCAGCCGGGCCUUCUGACCAAUCCCGAUGCACUGUUCUAUCAGCGUCGAGGGGCCGGUGGUGGCGGUGGCGGUGCGUGGCUUCAGAAAAACGCCCUGGUUAGCGGCGGUGGAGGUGGUGGUGGUGGCUCAGGCGACUUCUUUAUCGAUCUGCCCGCAGCCUCAAGGGGGUCUCCAGGCGACCCGUCGGGGGUUUUCGCGCCCCCCGGUUACCCGACGCUCCACCAGCCGCCUCUCACCUUCCACCCGGCCACCGGUGCUCCUCUCUCGCCCUACGACCCUCGUCGUCGGUACUCCACUCGCAACCAGGCCCCCAACGACCUCACCGUGGGCAUGGCACCCCUCUCCUACUCCCCUCACGCCAAUGGCGGUGGGUUAGUCGAUGCCGUGGUCACUUGGAGUUUGUCGACGUUUCGCCAGCGUCUGGCUUCAACUCCACAACCGGCAAUCUCUCCCGAGUAG